AGAUAAACUGCAGUGAAUAUUCAACACGAAAUAAGGAAAUAAACCCAGUGAAUCGACAUCUUAAGAGAAAAAAAAAACUCAAUUACAAACUGUAAUAUGUUUCUUCUAAAUCAAUAGUCUCAUUCCUUAUCUCAAUAAUUCCAUCAAUUUAUUUCAAUUUCCUUAAAUUUAUUACCCUAAUUUAAUUCCUAAUUUUCAUCAUCCUUCAUCUACGAAUAGAUUUUCUCCAAUUUCAACUUCGUGUGAUUUCCUGUUGAAAUUGAGGAGAAUUUGAGCACAGGAAGGAUGGGGCUUUUUGAUGGUCUCCCUUUUCCGUCUGAUAAAGCUGAUUUGAGAGAGGAGUUAUCAAGAAUAGAUGAAAGCUGGGCUGCUGCACGUUUUGAUUCGUUGCCUCAUGUGGUUCGUUUGUUGACUGCAAAAGAGGAGUUGCAAGUUUUGAAGGAGCAGAGUGAGAUUGUCGAGGAUGUUGUGAAUGAAGUUGUUCAUGCCUAUCAUAGUGGCUUCAAUAGAGCAAUCCAAAAUUAUUCCCAGAUUUUGCGGUUAUUUAGUGAAUCUGCGGAAAGUAUUUCCGUGAUAAAGGUUGAUUUGGCUGAGGCAAAGAAACGACUUGGUGCACGUAAUAAGCAGUUACAUCAAUUCUGGUAUCGCUCAGUUACACUGCGUCAUAUAAUCUCCCUUUUGGACCAGAUUGAGGGGUUAUCUAAGGUUCCUGCUCGCAUGGAAAAACUUAUUAAUGAGAAGCAGUUUUAUGCGGCAGUCCAACUGCAUGUUCAGUCAACAUUGAUGCUUGAGAGAGAGGGUCUCCAGACGGUUGGUGCUCUUCAAGAUGUUAAAUCUGAAUUAACCAAGUUACGUGGAAUUCUUUUCUACAAGGUUGUGGAAGACUUGCAUGCCCACCUUUAUAACAAAGGUGACUAUAGCUCAAUAUCUUCAAACUUAAUUGAAAAGGAUGAUGGACUUACAAUGACAGCGACUCUUUCAUUGUCGAUGAGCAUUUCACAACCUGUUUCUCGACGAACGAGAUCAUCAGUUCAAGUUGACGGAAGUUCUUACGAUGGACAUGUUGAAGAUGGCGGCAGAGGUGAAGAAGCUGAUGGUUCUGUCAGGGCAAAUGGUGGUGAUUAUGGCCUUAAAAAUAGUGGAAUCUUUUCAACUCGACUUCCACCAUGGCUUUCAUCUGCGACACCUGACGAGUUCCUUGAAGCCGUGCAAAAGAACGACGCUCCUCUACAUGUUAAGUACCUCCAAACCAUGGUAGAAUGCUUGUGUAAACUUGGGAAAGUUGCUGCUGCUGGUGCUAUCAUAUGCCAGAGGUUGAGACCUACAAUUCAUGAAAUCAUUUCAUCUGAGAUAAAAUCUCACGCGGAAACCAAGAGCUCAUUCAGGCCUGGAAGCGGUCUGUCAGCAUAUUCUUCUACACUACAAACUUUGAAGGGACACUUGGAAACGUACCAGUUAUCAAAACAGAAACGUGCAAAUGGAGUAUCCCUCAGUGGAACAUUGUUAGCCGUCAGCCCCGUAACACCAGUGAUGGCACCAAUGGGGACAGCACAGGCUGCUGCAAGAGAACUUCUGGAUUCAGUUCUGGAUGUAAUCAUUAAAAUAUUUGAGAAUCAUGUCUUUGUUGGAGAGCUUCUUGAAGCAAAAGCCAAUCAACAUGUUGAUAUUAAUACACCCAAGUCCGUAGCAGAUGUAACCUCAAACACUGAAUCUGCAGUGACUGGUGGCUACAGUAUUGGCUUUUCUUUGACGGUUUUACAGAGUGAAUGUCAACAACUUAUAUGUGAGAUUUUACGAGCAACUCCAGAAGCCACAUCAGCUGAUGCUGCAGUGCAAACAGCUAGACUUGCGGGCAAGGUUCCUUCGAAAGAAAAGAGGGAUGGUUCAGAAGAUGGUCUCACCUUUGCUUUCCGCUUCUCGGACGCUACAAUGUCUCUUCCUAACCAAGUCCAAGUUUGGAAUAAGAAGGCCCAAAGCACGUCGCAAGAGGGAUAUGGGUCAGCGUCUGUCUUACCUGAGGAAGGCAUUUAUCUAGCUGCAGCUGUUUAUCGUCCUGUACUUCAGUUUACAGAAAAGGUUAUUUCAAUGUUGCCAGCAAAGUUUUUCCAAUCCGGGAGUGAUGGAUUACUAGCUUUUGUUGAAAAUUUUGUGAAGGACCACUUCCUACCUACAAUGUUUGUGGACUACCGGAAAAGUGUUCAGCAGGCUAUAUCAAGUCCAGCUGCAUUUCGCCCGCGUGCACAUGCUGCUGCUUCAUAUACUCCUUCUGUUGAGAAGGGUCGACCUAUCCUGCAGGGGCUUCUGGCUAUAGAUCUUUUGAUGAAAGAGGUUCUUGGUUGGGCUCAGGCUAUGCCAAAAUUUGCAGCAGAACUUGUAAAAUAUGUGCAAACUUUCCUUGAGAGAGCAUAUGAAAGAUGUCGUACUUCGUACAUGGAGGCUGUUCUUGAGAAACAGAGUUACAUGCUGAUCGGCAGGAAUGACAUUGAAAGCUUGAUGAAGCUUGAUCCUUCUAGUUCAUGUCUACAAAACUGUCUGAAUGAUAAUCCUUCUGAUGCUUAUGGAAUUGAAGUUGAAAAACAGAUGAGUGAUCUGCUACUUGGUUUGCGACCAAUCAAGCAGGAAAAUCUAAUUCGUGACGAUAACAAACUUAUUCUGUUGGCUUCUUUAAGCGAUUCACUAGAGUAUGUUGCAGAUUCAAUUGAAAGACUUGGCAAAACUUUUUCCAUUGCAUGUAAUCAAGUGGAAGAGAAGGGUAGGAACCAGAGAACACCUCGCCGUAGUGAAGUCACUAGCAGUCCUUCAAAGGAUCUGGCAUCGUUUGCUGAUGAUUACAGAAAAUUGGCUAUCGAUUGCCUCAAGGUGUUGCGUGUAGAAAUGCAAUUGGAAACAGUCUUCCAUAUGCAGGAGAUGACAACUAGAGAAUAUAUGGAUGACCUAGAUGCAGAAGAACCUGAUGAUUUUAUUAUUUCCCUCGCUGCUCAGAUAACUCGCAGAGAUGAAGCAAUUGCUCCCUUUGUCUCGGGAAUAAAGCAGCAUUAUAUUUUUGGUGGAAUAUGUGGCGUUGCAGCAAAUACUUCAAUCAAGACUUUGGCCAAUAUGAGAUCAUUAAAUCUUUUUGGAGUCCAACAGAUAUGCCGCAAUUCAAUUGCCUUGGAACAGGCCUUAGCAGCUAUACCAUCACUUGACAGUGAAGCUGUUCAACUGAGAUUGGAUCGUGUGAGGACGUAUUUUGAGCUCCUAAACAUGCCAUUUGAGGCUUUGCUUGCUUUUAUCACAGAGCACGAGGACUUGUUUACUCCAGAGGAGUACACAAAUCUUCUAAAGGUCCAAGUCCCGGGGAGAGAGAUUCCUAGCGAUGCACUGGAAAGAGUAUCAGAAAUUUUGCGUUAGACCAAUGCGGAUAUUGUUGGAAUGGGUUCUUUGCAAAGCGACAGCAGUAUUAAGGGUAAUCUGCUACUUUUAUACCGCAUCCCUUUCCAAAGAAGAUACGAGAAGUCCAUUAUAGCUAUUAGCAAGAUUGAUGUGCCCUGUUGUAAAUUUUGGUGUCAGUGGGUGUACCUUCGCCUUUUGUUGAUAGGUGUGUAAAUUGACUCUCCAAAGUCAGUUUUUAUCCCCCUCUUGCAUUUUUACAAGAUUCAGCUUGCUUGUCCGUUGGGUUUUGUAAUGAGCAUGUAUGUAAAACCGUCUCUUGUGCCUCGAACAGCCUAGCUUUGAGAUGUCAUAUUGCCAACCACUGCUAGCUUUUGAGUUUUGACAUGUAUUUAUCCUUAACCCUUCCUCUCACAUCGAUAUUUUUUCCAUUUCUUUUGGCUUUUCGGGUUGAUAAAUGGGUAAUCUUAUCGGAAACCUUGUCAGUAGUGGCUAUUGAUACAUCACAUUUGUCUAGAGCUGAUGUAUCUUAUACCAUCUACUUUGGAUUAUUAGCAAUAUUCUUUUAUAAUAUUUGUUUGAUUCAUAUUCAAACCCUUUGUUCCUCAAAAA